AUGUCGCAGGUCGAGCCCGAUGUGAUCUGUCAUUCCAUGCUCAAGCGAGCAGUACAUGAUCAGGGGCCGCGCGGCGAGGCUGGCAAAAUUGCCGAAGAAGAGGGGAUCCCCUUCGCUUCAGUCAAAGUCCUCCGUCUCGACUUCCAAAAUAUCAUCAGAAUCGAGAAUCUAUGGCAAUUUACCAGUCUAACGAAGCUGCAGAUAGACAAUAAUAAGAUAGAGCGAAUUCAAGGGUUGGAAAAAUUAGUGAACCUCGUUUGGUUGGAUCUGUCUUUCAACAAAAUCAGCAAGAUCGAGGGACUCGAGCACAAUACGAAAAUCGUCGACUUGUCCCUCGCAAAUAAUCAAAUUGAGCGAAUUGAAAACUUGGACGGGCUCACGGAGCUCCAGACUCUUUCUCUUUCAAAUAACAACCUCACGGUUAUUAAUGAUGUAUUUUAUCUCAGGCCUAUUCGUUUCCCUGCGCUCCGAUCCUUGGCAUUGUGGGGCAAUCCUAUCGAACAAGACGAAGAAAACUACCCGCUAAUGUCACUGGCGAUUUUGAGCAACAUUUCCUUCCUCGACUUCAAGAUGGUCGACGACGCUCUCAGAGAAAAGGGCCUCGAAAAAUACGAAAUCAAGGUUCUGGAGACGAAAGACAACGAAAUCAAAGAAAUAAAAAUGCGCGAAAAAGCGGAGCAAGAAGCGAAAGAGAUUCAAGACAGAGUCAAUGCGUUCGUCAAUCACGUGCCGCAGCUCUUCGACCAAAUGUACGAAGAAGACGUGGACGGAAACAUCAUCAAUCAGAUUCCAGAAAUCAUGGAGGUCGUCGAAAAUUUCAAAGAAUCAAUCAACAAAGUCUGCGACACGAUCGUUCAAGAGGGACUCGUCAGGCUCAAGACCAGAACUGCGGAAAUCGACGACUUGUUGGAAUCGAGAAAGGCCGCCAUCGAUAAUGCUAACAAAAAGGCUACACUUCUUGUCGACGAAUUCCUUGCACUUCAGAUCGACGAGCUGGACUGGGAAUUGAUGGAGAUCGAAGUGACACUCAACGAAAAAAUAGACGAAACCAUCAAAGAGUUCGAGCGAUAUUUCAGCGACAUGUGCGCCAGUUUUUUGGAGUACACAUCCGGCCAGUACACCAAGAUCAGAGAGAUCCAGGCGCUGCACAACGAGCGAAUGCAGGAAGACUCACAAGUUCAGCUCGAGCGGUUUAUCAAAAACGAUGUUCCUGACGAUUUCUCCGAAGAAGUUCGAAUGCGAUUCGUUGACAAAGAGACAGUAACAAAUGCUCUUGCCUCCUCUCAUGAUGCUCACAUGCUCGCGAUUGAUACCUCAGAAGAUACGCUCAACGCGCAAGUUAAUGCUAAACGUGAAUCUUUUAUGAAAUGGAUCCAAGACACCGAGCUGACCAGAUCUCGCUGCCGUUACAAAGAGAUUGCGAACUUGCUGGACCACUUCAGAGAGGAACUAUUCAAUUUGGAAGACUGA